ACUUGUUAGAUAUUACUGCAUCGUCGGAACUAGUUGCACAAGCAUUUCGCUACACUCGCAUUAACAUUUGCUAACCAUGUGUAUGUGACCAAUACAAUUUGAUUUGAGUUUCCCCCCGUCUCUGGCCCACACUCCAGUACAGUAGAUGGCGGUAAUGCACCAAAACGUUGGAUGCCAACCGCCGAUAAACCCCACCAAAGAAGAAGAAUAGCAGCUCGAGUCGAGAGCUCAACUCGAAACUGUCGUCCAGCGAAUAAUAACGUUCUACUCUUUGCUACCAGAGCUAUCGUUUCCUUCGAGAAAAUACACAUUUUUAUGCUAUAGCUAUUAAUAUGCUUAUGCCUAUCUUUAGUCUUCAGAAAAGAGACAUCAGACGGACAGCUUUUUUGAGCGCUCUACGAAAAAGAAUAAUAUACGGAAUUCCGAACGUUCGAUUCAUUCUGAAGCGAAACAAUUGGCUACUAUCUAUUGUUUGAUUCGGGGCGUGUUUUCAACCAAACGGAUACAGUUUAGUUUACGUCAAUUGUUUGGAACGUUGGUGAUCGUCAACUAUCACGACGGGAAAUCAAUCUGAUUAGCAACAGUUGCUGUUGAGCGAUAGCUGUCAUCCAUGAAACUAGUAGGACUACGUGCAUUUGCCGACUAUUUUCUGAACGCUUCAAUUCAUUGAUCAAAUACAUCAACCAGUGACGUAAAAAGUUGGUGAAAACAAGAUAAGAAACACGUCAUCAGACUAAAGGUACAAAAUAAGGGGAUUUCAGAAGUCAGAGCACAUGGAAUCUACAAAAGCAGGGGGUGUAAUAGCCUACAUCAGCUCCUCCAGCCCUGAGUCAUGUCAUAGUGACUCAAAUGACUGCUACAACUCCUCCUCCCUGACACACAACUCCUCCCACAGCUGUCGCCAGGGCAACGUGGUGGACACGCCCCUAACCAUGGCAGGUCUCCCACUGGCCCAUACUACAGCAAAGACCAGUGCAAAAUGCAGCAUUACUAAAAUCAACGGCCUGGUGCUGCUGUGUAAGGUGUGUGGAGAUAUUGCAUCUGGAUUCCACUAUGGGGUCCAUGCCUGUGAGGGCUGCAAGGGUUUCUUCCGUCGGAGCAUCCAGCAGAAUAUCCAGUAUAAGAAGUGCCUGAAGAACGAGAGCUGUGCCAUCAUGAGGAUCAACAGGAACCGCUGCCAGCAGUGUCGCUUCAAGAAGUGUCUGCUGGUCGGCAUGUCCAAGGACUCUGUGCGUUUCGGCCGCAUCCCAAAGCGUGAGAAGCAGCGCAUGCUGCUAGAGAUGCAGAGUGCAGUGAACAACAUGAUGAACAACAACAGCCAGCUACACAGCCAGCUCCACGGCAACACCCCCCUCCCCCUGGCCAAUCAGCCUCAGGUGCCGGCCUGCCCUGGGGAGCCCCACCCCCAAGAUGUUGACUCUGGUUUAGGCUCCGCCUCUUCCUCCACCUCUCCCGCCGCUUCCCCCGGAUCCAACCAAUCAGAGGAGCCCAAACAUCACCCAGAGUCUGUGGUCGCCAUGGAUACAAGCCCAAGCCCUAUAUCGGUGUCUCCAUCAAGUGGUUCAGACCGCGGGUCAGAGGAUGGGAUUGGCUCGGUGACCCGGGCCCACCAGGAGACCUUCACGUACAAUCAGAAGCAAGGUAGCCCCUCCCCCCAAUCCGAUGCCCAGCAGACCUCCCCAGGGGAGGAGCAACAUGUCAGUGACACUGGAAAGAGGAUAGAGGAGAGGAACCGGAACCAGCAGAAUGACCUGUCCCCAUUCACAGCCACUCAGGCCCACGACCAGGCUCAGGAGAGGCCCACCAACACUGGGCCUCAGGGCCCUGACAGGCACCAUUGCCAGGAGAACGACACCACCACCCCCAGCCAUUGCCCCUACAGCAGAGGUACUCCCACCACCCCCACCCAGAAUCAAUGUCCCUACAGCAGAGACAGACUGCCCAACAGCUCCCCUAGUGGAUAUUUCCCAGCCUACACCCACCAUGGAGGCAACAACAGCACUAGCCAGGCAACCUCCAACUCCCAUGGAGGAUUCACAGGACCACUGUGGAGCGGAGGCAACAGGAUGCAUCUGCUGUGUCCCAUGAAUACAUCUCCCCAUGUGAAUCCCCAUAAGUCAGGCCAUGGGAUCUGGGAGGAGUUCAGCCACAGUUUCACCCCGGCCGUCAGGGAGGUGGUGGAGUUUGCCAAGCAGAUCCCAGGCUUCAGCGACCUCUCUCAACACGACCAGGUCAGCCUGCUCAAGGCUGGUACCUUUGAGGUGCUAGUGAUCCGUUUUGCGUCGCUGUUUGACGUGAAAGACCGCACCGUGACAUUCCUGGGUGGUACCAAGUACAGCGUGGAGACGUUACGAGCCAUGGGCGCCGGCGACUUCCUGACCUCCAUGAUGGACUUCAGCGAAAAUCUGAUGCGGCUCGGCCUUAGCGAGGAGGAGAUGAGCCUGUUCACCACUGUUGUCCUCAUCUCUGCCGAUCGCUCAGGGAUUGAGAACGUGAACUCUGUGGAGGCGCUUCAGGAGACUCUGAUCCGGCACCUGAAGGGCCUCAUCACUAAGAACCACACCAACGAGUCGGCCAUAUUCACAAAGCUGCUCCUCAGACUGCCCGAACUGCGCUCCCUUAAUAACAUGCACUCUGAGCAGCUGCUGGCCUUCAAGGUCCAUCACUAGACCAGAACCAAGUUCUGAACCUGGGGUGUAUUCAUUAGGCACCAAAUGGAACAUUUACUGAAAUGGGGAGGUACCACAUGAACUUUCCCAAUAAUAAAUGCUUGUUUUUUCCCCCCGUUGCAAAACCUUUUGCUAUGGUGUGCCCUAAUGAAUAUGACCAUGGACAUUGGGUCUGAGGCCUGUGGCUGUGGACCACAAAGCCCAUUUCUCCACCCACCCUGACACACCUCGGCCAUCUACACUAAUGAACUAUGAACCCUGACCUCCAAGAGAACCCUCAUCACGCCCCUCACUUCAUGUGAUCUUUUCCCUUCACAAACAAGUUGAAGUAGUCAGCAAAUGUGUCAAGAUCAAAGGGGAGGGGAAAUACUUAAGACUUCAAAGUUAUCGUACUGUAAGGCUGAAAGGCUUCUGUUGUAAUAACCAUGAAUGCACACGUUCAGACACAAGCAGAAGAUAUUAUGUUUCUUUGUCUUGUUUCUGUGUGUCUGUGUUGUGUAGGAAGUUUGCAACUGUACAACCCUUAGAGAAUAACCUUUUUAUAAAUAUUGUGUAGACGUGUAUUUUUGCAUCGUUGGUGCAAUAUGAUAUGUGAUUGAUUAUUUAGACUUUCCGUUUAGGUCUUACACCAUGGCUCUCCAACCCUGUUCCUGGAGAGCUACUACCCUGUAGGUUUUUGCUCCAACCCUGUUCCUGGAGUGCUACCAUCCUGUAGGUUUUUGCUCCAACCGUGUUCCUGGAGCGCUACCAUCCUGUAGGUUUUUGCUCUAACCCAACCCUAAUCUAGCACAAUUGAUUCUAACAAUUAGCUGGUUGAUAAGCUGAAUCAGGUUAGGUACAACUGGGGUUGGAGUGAAAACCUACAGGAGGGUAGCUUUCCAAGAACAGGGUUAGAGAGCCUUGUUCUACACCUUGGGUGUAUUUAAAAUAAACAUAUAUAAUUGUAGGCAGACUAAUCUAGAAGGAUGUUGUGCUUAUUGCCUGAAAAGACAGGGUGAUUCUAAAGUGGGUUAGGGCUCGUUAAUUAAACUCCAAACCAUCUAGUUGAAAGUAAACUGACAAUGAAUGAAUGACUACAGAGGACAUAUGUCUCCUCUCUAAACUAUAGGUGUUGAAUGACAUUAAGGGGGAUGUUGUAAAAGCAUAGAUGGACCUAUGUAAUCAGGGUAAAUGCUGCUAAGUUACCUCUGUCUCGGUGUGGCCCUAUCUAGUCACCUGAGGAAGGGCUUUGAUUGAAUGUUUAUUUGUAUAGAGGAAUCUCUUAUUUCAAGCUUAUGGUUUCAGCUGAUGGUGCAGUGUGUGUGUUACAUGCAUAUAGGAGGUUUAUGUUGUAAAUCAUAAUGUUCUUGUUAGGUUAUGAACUGAAGUCCAUCAUUGACAAACACGGUCCAGUCACUUAAUUAUUAUAGUGUAUGGUAAUAGACGUCAUUUGUAUGAUAUGAGUGCAAAUGGACAGGAAAUCAAAUACAUUGAGGUUAUUCGUACUGACAAAGGUUAACGUUGGUAACCAAUAAAACCUAUCGACUCCUAAACACAUCUCCACUUGAAGACAUUUUAGUUGUUUCUUUCCAUGUCAAAAGGAUAAAAUUGUUAUUGUUAUUUCUUUUGGGGGGGGGUGCAAAUUUUUAGGUGACAGUUUUGGUAAAAAGAAUAUCCAAUAAAACUGCGCAAUUUGAUUUUACAAAUGAAAACUACUUUGAGUGCUAAUUAUGCAUUUAUUUGUUAACUGUGUUUAAUUUGUUUCAUGAAAAAAAAAAAAUUUGCACACUGAUAUCGUGUCUAAUAAGCCCAUUUGGAAAUAAAUAAUCUAUACAAAAAAUAACAUUAUUCUAAAAUGCAUGUAGGCUAUGGACAAUUGUCAUUUUUCUGUGGGGCCGGUGUUUGUGGGAAGGGAGAGAAAUGUAUAAAUGUUUUUUUGUCAUUCCGUUGGACUCCGCCACCAGCAACUCUUAUACUACUGUCUCAAAUGUUUCAACAGAGGACCACUUAACUUGAAGAGUACAUAGACUACAGAUUUAGUUAUGAUGUGCUGUAAAUAGGUAGAUUGUAUUCAAAUACAGUAUGAUUGUAAUAUUACAUAAGAGAUUGUAAUUUCCUUUUAGAAAUAACACCAAGAGACUAAGGGCUGUAAUCAAUUGAGCUGCAGGCAUUCCAUAUGAUAAUGUCCAUUAUGCCGUUGAUUGAUCGAUGAUUUCAAACCCUUCGUUUCUCUCCUUCCAGCUCACCUGCUCUUCUACCUCCAUCAUCCUCUAUGCUUCUGUUCUUUCAAUCGUGUGCAUCGCUGACCUACCCUGUGGUCUGUCAGUCUGUUUCUCUCUGAAAGCAUUGCAGUAUACAUAUAUUAUUCAUAUAUAGAAAUAUAUCUGUAUACAGUGUUGUCAUUUCUUUUUAGCAGGCUUUUCCACUGUCCAAGCAUGAUUAGGCCAUUGAGAACCAAUAACACAGGCAACAAUUACUCAGGUUAAAUCGCACUGCUAUUUGGAAUUCUGCUUGACAGGGUUGAGUCCUUCACAGAUCCGGUUCCAUUGACUUCCACUUGAAGAGCUUCAUUCCCAGAACUUGUUUUCAGGACACACACAUACUGAAUCAGUAUUUCAUUUAAAAAUAGUUUGGGAUUUGGCCACAAUCAGCAGCGAGAGAAAGACAUUAGCGGAAACAUUGAGAUACUGUAACCUAAAUGGUGAUAUUCCAAGUAGGUAUUACAACCAUAGAUUUAGGUGGUUACAUACCUAUGUCUAUACUGAACAAAAAUAUAAAUGCAACAUGUAAAGUGUUGGUCCCAUGUUUCAUUAGUUGAAAUAAAAUAUCCCAGAAAUGUUUCAUAUGCACAUAAAGCUUAUUUCUCUCAGUUUGUGCACAGAUAUGUUUACAUCCUUGUUAGUGAGCAUUUCUCCUAUGCCAAGAUAAUCCAUCCACCGGACAGGUGUAGCAUAUUAAACAGCAUGAUCAUUACACAGGUGCACCUUGUGCUGGGGACAAAACAACACAAAACGUUGUGUGGGCGAGCGGUUUGCUGAAGUCAACGUUGUGAACAGAGUUCCCCAUGGUGGCAGUGGGGUUAUGGUAUGGGCAGGCAUAAGCUACGGACAAUGAACACAAUUGCAUUUUAUCAACGUCAAUAUGAAUGCACAGAGAUACCGUGACGAGAUCCUGAGGCCCUUUGUCGUGCCAUUCAGCCACCACCAUCACCUCAUGUUUCAGCAUAAUAAUGCACGGCCGGAAAAUGUCCCAGUUCUUCCAUGGCCUGCAUACUCACCAGACAUUUCACCCAUUGGGCAUGUUUGGGAUGCUAUGGAUAAACGUGUAUGACAGCGUAUUCCAGUUCCCGCCAAUAACCAGCAAAUUUGCAAAGGAGUGGGACACAAGGCCACAAUCAACAGCCUGAUCAACUCUAUGCGAAGGAGAUGUGUUGCGCUGCAAGAGGCAAAUGUUGGUCAAGCACACCAGAUACUGACAGGUUUUCUGGUCCACGCCCCUACUUUUUUUUUUAAAGGUAUCUGUGACCCAACAUAUGCAUAUCUGUAAUCCCAGCCUAAUUUAUGUAUUUCAAUAAACUGAUUUCCUUAUAUGAA